GUCACCCGGCUUCCUCACAAAAUGGUGGCUGGAUUUCAUAGCAUCUCACUUUCAUCAGCACUGUUGAAAGAAGAAGAAAAAAUGCCAGUCCUCUCUCCUGAAAUCAAAUUUGCUACUUCUAACAUCACCAGAAAUUCCCUUGACAGUUGUUUUCUUUUUGAGAGUAGUUGGAGGAAAGCAGUUUUAGAAACACAAAAGAUGAAGAAAGAAUAUACCACAGCAUUUGGUCUAGAAGAGUUCAAAGAAUGUGUCAAAAUGCCGUAUUUACCAGGACUGCAGAGUUGCCCAAAAAGUGUAAGUUCACCUCCACUGGAAGUUCAUCCAAGACUGCUUCAUGCUGCUACCGAGAUGCCUCCAGUCAGGAUAAGGAAGACUAAGAAGGCCUGCACUGUGGUACCACUUCAGGAGAAACCAAAGAGUUCUGGCUUCAGUGAUCCUCUUGCUGGAGCAUCAUCUCAAUACUUACAGAGACUUUCCAAAAUGGCCAUAUUGGAGUAUGAUACCAUUCAUCAAGAAACUACUAGAAAAUCCAAAAAGAGCAAGAAACGAGACCCGUGAGACUGCUGAUAAGUAUC